AUGGAGACAGCCGCCGAGAUCAAGCUCAAGAAGUUCGUCCCCAACCCACGCAAGUUCGCCAGCAGGCGCCAACACCGACCGCGGCCCAUCGUGCACGACGGCCACGUCAAGUUCAUCGUCAACAAGAUCCUCGAUCAUCGCUUCAAGCACCGCACUCUCCAGUUCCUAGUGGAUUGGGAGGGGUACGGACCCGAUGCAAGGACCUGGGAGCCCACCAAGCACGUCGCAGGCUGCGACCAGCUCCAGGACUACCUCAACGACCACCCGGAGCUCCUCACGGCCGUUGGACCAGUCCAGCCCAGCUAG